AUGUCCCUGACCACUCUACCAGACGAGGUUCUCAACGAUAUCGCUUUCGCACUUGUCGCCAGCUCGCCGUUGGGCCCGCCAACCGAUCUUAUACCGCUACUCUGCACCUCGAAACAUCUGAACAGGGCGUUACAUUUCAAGAAGAGCACCGGACUAUAUGCGCGUAUCGCGAGGCUCAAGUUCGACUGUAACGCGGUAAAGCGCCGAGCGUUCAAACCAUACGCAAAGGACUGCGCUGAACAGCUCGUUCACGCAUGUCUUUGUAUUCAGUUUUUCCGACGGGGUAACGUUGACGAUGACGAUGUCGUUGACCACUUGCCGACUGCGUUUAUGCUUAUGUUGGAAAACGACGGGAAGAAUCGCGCGCAGCUGGAAUGGGCGGGGAUCGAGUCAUUUCUCGAUCAAUUUGUGCGUAGGCGGUUAUACGAUAAUCGCAUGACGAACGAUGGAUGGCCGUUGGAGACCCCCCACAGUUCGUCCGCCCUUUGGUUGACGUGGAUGUUUGCUACGAAAGAAAAAAUCACCUCGCAAUCGCCUUACCAACAGACCCAACUCUACCGUAUUGUUUCGGCGUUUGCCCUUGUUCCUUUCCGUUACGCCUCGGCUUAUGCACCUCCUACCCACUUUGACCUGCCGCUGUCGGCUUCGAAUCCAGACCAACAACACGAACUCUUCACCCCCACGCCGCAUGGCUCGUACCCCCUCUACCAGCAAGGUGCCCCCGCAAAUCAAGUUCAUUUCCGGUCUCGGCCGGAUUUUGCUGUUGGACCUAUAUCUAUCCCCGCAAAACUGCUUUUCGUUGCGCAACAAGAAUCUCACCCAUUUUAUGCACCUCACGUUCCUCUGGACCGCGCUGAUGCAGACCAGCAAGGCAGAAUUGGGCCGACAGCAGAAGAUCUUCGUGAAGUCAAUACGCACCAAGGCGCAAAGUACGUCCGACAGGUCAAUUGGGAUUGGAAUGCUGGAGUUGCGAGAUAUCUGGAUAACGGCAAGGUCGCACCUGAGGACGCUAGUUCGAUGUGGGACUGCGAUUGGUGGAGAGCGAGGCAAUGCGGUGAUUUGUGGCAGCCAAUGCCAAGGUGGAGGGUUGGCACUGUCUACGUACCUGGCUCGUUGAGCGGUUUGUGGCAAGGAAGAUGGGAGCUCACUUCGGAGGAGUCUCAUGCCAGGCUUCUCGCAUCGCCCGCAUACCCACCUGCGUUCAGUGGUCAAACCCUCUACGCCAUUGCGCAGCCCAUGUUCAUGCGUCUCACGGAACACCACUACGUCGCCCCUCCCACCAUCAGUACCUCCAAUCCAAACGCCCCUUCGUCUAUUCAACGACUUGCUGGCCCAAUUCCGACUCCUAAAGCCGAGCCCGCGAUCAUCCUCACAGACACCGGGGACCACGAGGAGGUUCCCCUUGACAUGAGCAUGCAGAACGCAUGGAUCCCAGGUCGAGAAGGUGGCGUCUCAUGGGAGGCGAACGGCCUCAACUCGGGUCUGCGUGAUGGCUGGGGAAGGGAUCGGUUCCAGGCUACGCCAGAAGACGUGCAAGAGAGGGAAACGAUCACUUUUCGUUUGGAUUACGAUCAACGAGGAGCCGGGUACGUCUAUGAGACGUGGGAUCGGACGAAGAAGGGCGUGCAUGAUCUGUAUGACGUCUUUGGGCAGUCGGCGGCCUCUGCGGCUGCUGCCUCAGCUUCGUCUUCGUCGAAUGCUUCCGUGCACGAACCCCCAAGUUGCGCGCGGUGCAAGAAACGCGCUGCGCUUCUUGCUCGGAUGAGGAAGGGUGAUUCGGAAGUGGUGGAAAAGAUCUUUGAGCGUGUUGGGCUCGGGAUGAGUACUGUCGGGAAGCAGUGUUCGAAGCCUUCUGCCAACGACGAGGAUGAAGAUGAUGAAGACGACGACGACGAAAUUGACCUGGAUACCGUAUGGGAGCUUGACGGCUUCAAUGUUGACCCCCCUUCCUCAAGUUGCUCGACAGACUGUGGCCAAUCAUCGCAAUCGGAGUGCAGUGCCGACAGCGAGGACGAAGAUGACACGGAAAUGGAGCCAGAGCUUCGUGGACAACCGAGGGCUCGUAAUCCUUACACUGGUCAAGUGUAUGAGGCUACUAGGAACAUAGCCGACAAGGAAUAUCUAAGGCCUUGCGAUGGAGUUGAGGAUGUGCUCCUGACCGGCGAGGCACGUUCUUCUUCUAUUUUCUUUUUAGUCGAUGAGAAACAUGCGCAGGCAUGGAAUAAGUAUACGUUCUACGGCCGUGUAAGACCUUGGGACGGGCUCGUUGGUAUCCUCAGGAGCGCCGGCAACCCAAUCAAUCAUCUGUUCUUCUACGGGUACCUCGUCGGUGGCGAGACGCUCGUAGGCAACUGGCGCCUUGCGAGUACGGAUCCCUUUGUGCCCACCUGGGAGAGCGCAUUUGUUCUGAGCAAACGCGAGGAAUGAACACGUUGCUGUUGGCGCUAUUCAAUUCACUUCGACCCAGGCUCCGCAAUCACCGUACCAACAAACUCAACUCCACACCCCGGUCACCACUUUCAGGGUUCAACAUUCAAUGUUCAGCCCAUGUAUAUAUGUACCCUUGUGAUUACGCGAUAUCGCCGACGCUCGCAGAUACUUCAUAUCCGAGUACGAUUUGGUCCCCCACUGUUGGCUCAAUACUGGCUGGACCCGGCGCUACAAUAAAAUUAUCAGGUCAAGACCCAUCCUGACAUGGACCCACUGAAAAACGGGAUAUCUUUUCCUCCGACUCCAUCGCCUGGCCCGCCAUUCAUCUUCCUUUUUUCAUCUUGGUUCGUUCCUGCAUUAAUUAGACUUAGACUCUUUCAUUCCCUUCAUCUUCAACGUUUCUUGUUUACAUACCCCCACACCCCGACCACCACACACGCACGCGUCAUUCAGGAAUCACCCAACACGCGUCACCGAGAUACACGAGUCCCAAUCACCAUGCCACUGCCAUUUCAUGAUUUGUACACACGCACGCAUACCCUUUUGCUACUGCCAUUUACGUUAUUUAUUGUGUCUGUGUUUUUACGUUGUGAACCAUACUACAUAUUUAUUGUUACCUGUUGCGGGCAGGUGCUGCAAAACGUAUACUACUUACAUAUUAAGUAGAGUUGUUGUGAAAGACUUUCUUUGUCCGUGUCA